AAGAAGUUCACCAAAAGAGGUUUACGUCUUAAUAUAUUGUUAGUAGGAGAAAAUGGUACUGGUAAGAAAACCUUCAUCAAUACUCUUGCCAACAGGCAAUAUUAUGAUCCUGCUCAAAGAUGUGAAAGUGGUAAUUUAUUUGAGUUUGGUUCUAAAGCAUUUAACAUGAGAAUCAAUACUCAUACCAUUAUGGAACAGAAUGCUACACCAAUUUCAUUGAAUGUUAGUUUCACGGAUAAUUAUGGGUUUAAUUUAGAGAAUUCCACAAAUUCAAAAGAUUUAAUUGAUUUUAUUGAAAAUGAAUAUAAAGCGGUUCUUACUGAAGAAAUUAGAAUUGAAAGAAAUACUCUUCCUUAUGAUUCAAGAAUUCAUGUUACGUUAUAUUUUGUUAAACCUACUGGUAAACCAUUAAAUGAAUUUGAUAUUACCAAUAUGAAGAAACUUGGUGAAAGAACUAAUUUAAUUCCUAUUAUUAGUAAAGCUGAUACUUUAACUGAUUCAGAAGUUAUUUUAAAUAAAAAUUUAAUUAUGGGAAGUAUUAUUGAUAAUCAAAUUGAAAUUUUUGAUUUUUUAUCACCAUUUGAACAUGAACAUCAGAUUGAUGAAGAAGAUCAAGAAGAUUAUUUAUAUUUAAAAUCAUUACAAGAAUUAAUGCCAUUUACUAUUAUUGGUAGUAAUUCAAAAUUUGAUAGUCAAGAUGAUAAAAGAUUUAGAGUUAAUACAUGUGGAACUAUUGAUGUUAAUGAUGUUUCAAAUUGUGAUUUUAAAAUUUUAAGAAAUGUUUUACUUGCAUCUCAUAUUGAAGAAUUUAAAGAAGCUACUAUUAUUAAAAAAUAUGAGAAUUAUCGUAUUGAAGAACUUGUUAGAAUGCAUCAUCAAAAGGAAGAAGAAGAAAAUAAACCACCUAUGCUUAAGAUUUAUCAACAAUUAAGAGAAGAAGAGCAUCAACUUCAACUUCAACUUGAGCAACAACUUCAACUUCAACAACUCCAACUUCAACAGCAGCAGCAGCAGCAACAACAAUUUCAACAAGGAGGAGGAGGAGGAGCAGCAACAUUGCAAGAAGUUGAAACGUCAUAA